UACCGAGGCGAUGUAGCUGCCGGAAGCAGUUCCGCGGUGGCUGCCGGGAUCGUGGUGAUGUGGCCCCCCCGCUUCCCCCCUCCCCGCCCCGGGAUGUCGGAAGAAACCAGGCAGAGCAAAUUGGCUGCGGCCAAGAAAAAGUUGAGAGAGUACCAGCAAAAGAAUAGCCCCGGUGUUCCCGCAGGAGCAAAGAAGAAGAAAAAGAUUAAAAAUGGCAAUAGCCCCGAGAGAACCACCGCCAAUGAUUGUCAGUCACCAGGGGAUAUUCAGGACAUUCUGAAGGUGUUGGUGUCCGACCUUAACCGUUCCAAUGGGGUCUCGCUCCCCCCAUUAGACAAGAGGAAGGUGCCCACAGACUGCACCACUCCCGCACCGCCAACUGCUGCUGACGACACUAUGUUUCUUGGUGUUGUCCCUUCCCCCGAAGCUGAUCUCACUAGCAUGGCAUCACCUCAGAGCCGUGAUGCUGGCAAUUGCUCUAACCUCAUGGAGGAGACCAAGACUUUCUCAUCAACUGAGAGUCUGCGACAACUUUCUCAGCAGCUCAAUGGCCUUGUGUCUGAGUCUACCUCUUACAUCAACGGGGAAGGCCUCACAUCUUCCAACAUGAAGGAGCUGGAGAGCCGGUACCAAGAGCUAGCAGUAGCCCUGGACUCCAGCUAUGUAACAAACAAACAACUCAGUAGCACGAUAGAGGAAUUGAAACAACAGAACCAGGACACUCUGGAUCAACUGGAAAAAGAGAAGAAGGAUUAUCAGCAGAAGUUGGCAAAAGAGCAGGGAGCUCUCAGGGAACAACUGCAGGUUCACAUUCAGACCAUAGGCAUCCUGGUGUCUGAGAAGGCAGAGUUACAGACAGCCCUGGCCCAUACUCAGCAAGCAGCCAGGCAGAAAGCAGGAGAGUCGGAGGAUCUUGCCAGCCGCCUACAGUCUUCCCGACAGCGUGUGGGAGAGCUGGAGCGGACCCUGUCUACUGUGUCAACACAACAGAAACAGGCGGACAGGUACAACAAGGAUCUAACCAAAGAGCGCGAUGCCCUCAAGCUGGAGUUGUACAAGAACAGCAAAAAUAACGAGGAUCUGAAACAACACAACUCAGAACUGGAGGAGAAACUUCGAGUCCUGGUGGCAGAGAAGGCAGCUGCACAGUCGGGGGUAGAGGAGCUGCAGAAGAAGCUGGAGAUGUCAGAGCUGCUGCUGCAGCAGUUCUCUAGCCAAUCAGAGGCCUCUGACAGUAACCAGCAGUUACAGCAUGCCAUGGAGGAGCGGGCUCAGCUGGAGACCCAUGUAGGCCAGCUGAUGGAGUCGCUGAAACAGCUCCAGAUGGAGAGAGACCAGUAUGUGGAGAACCUGAAGGGAGAGAAGGCCAUGUGGCAGCAGAGGCUGCAGCAGAUGGCGGAGCAGGUGCACACACUGAAGGAAGAGAAGGAGCACAGAGAAAGUCAGGUACAAGAGCUGGAGACCAGCCUGGCCGAACUCAGGAGUCAGCUGGAGGAGCCACCCCCGCCAGAGCCUCCAGCUGGGCCCUCCGAGGCGGAAGAGAGGCUACAGGGAGAGGUUGAGCAGCUGCAGAAGGAACUGGAGAGUCUGACGGGACAGCUGCGGGCCCAGGUGCAGGACAAUGAGAGCCUGAGCCACCUGAACCGGGAGCAGGAGGGGCGGCUGCUGGAGCUGGAGCAGGAGGCCCAGCGCUGGAGUGAGCAGGCCGAGGAGCGCAAGCAGAUCCUGGACAGCAUGCAGAGCGACCGUACCACCAUCAGCAGAGCGCUAUCACAGAACCGCGAGCUAAAGGAGCAGCUCGCCGAACUGCAGAACGGCUUCGUCAGGCUGACCAAUGAGAACAUGGAGAUUACCAGUGCAUUGCAGUCAGAGCAGCAUGUCAAGAAAGAGCUGGCCAAGAAGCUGGGCGAGCUGCAGGAGAGGCUGGGAGAGCUGAAGGAGACGGUGGAGCUGAAGAACCAAGAAGCACAGGGUCUGCAGGAGCAGCGAGACCAGUGCCUGUCGCACCUGCAGCAGUAUGCCGCUGCCUACCAGCAGCACUUGGCUGCCUAUGAGCAGCUGGCCUCUGAGAAGGAGGCCCUGCACAAGCAGUUUCUGCUGCAGACACAGCUCAUGGACCAGCUGCAGCACGAGGAGGUACAGGGCAAGAUGGCAGCUGAAGUGGCCCGCCAGGAGUUGCAAGCGGCCCAGGAGCGCCUAGAAGCCACCAGCCAGGAAAACCAGCAGCUCCAGGCCCAGCUGAGCCUCUUGGCCCUCCCUAGGGAAGGAGAUGUGGACCAGGAAGAACAAGAUGAGGAGGUUCCUCGGCCCAGUCUGACCAUCCCAGAAGACCUAGAGAGUAGAGAGGCCAUGGUGGCAUUCUUUAAUGCAGCUAUAGCCAGUGCCGAGGAAGAACAGGCCAGACUCCGUGCGCAAUUGAGAGAGCAGAAGGCACAAUACCAGAGCUUGGCUCACCUGGCAGCCCCAGUCCAAAGCAAGCUCGAAAAGGAGGCAGUGGUCCCCAGGAAUGUGAGUGACUCUGCAUCUGAGGAGGGCAACCAGGCCCUACGUGUAGCCAUGGAAAAGCUGCAGAGCCGCUUCCUGGAGGUCAUGCAGGAGAAAGUGGAGCUCAAGGAGAGGGUAGAGGAGCUUGAACACUGCUGUAUCCAGCUUUCUGGGGAGACGGACACCAUUGGAGAGUACAUAGCCCUCUACCAGAACCAGAGGGCAGUGCUGAAGGCUCGGCACUUGGAGAAGGAGGAGUACAUCAGCCGGCUGGCUCAGGACAAGGAGGAGAUGAAGGUCAAGCUGCUAGAGCUGCAGGAGCUGGUGCUGAGGCUUGUGAGCGAGCGCAAUGAAUGGCACAGCAAGUUCCUGGCGCUCUCCCAGAAUCCUGCUCAUGUGCCCAUCGCAGUGCCCACAGGCUCCCAGCAACUUGGAGCUGCUGACCAGCAGGGUGACCUUAAGGAGGUGAGCCUGGCUGACAAUGCAGAGCCUGCACAAGGAGAGGCUGGGGCACCCGCUCCCCAUGAGAACCCCACUGCACAGCAGAUCAUGCAGCUGCUGCGUGAGAUCCAGAACCCCCAGGAGCACCCAGGCCUGGGUAGCAAUCCUUGCAUCCCCUUUUUCUACCGUGCUGAUGAGAAUGACGAGGUGAAAAUCAUGGUGGUCUAAAAGACUGCGGCCAAAGCCUCACCAAGGGCAGCCCAAGGUUCUGCCCCUACACCCCCUCCUCAACCACCCUCAUCCUUAUAAUAAUGAAGUCAGACUCUGCCCCCUACAGCAGCUGAGGCUGUAGCUCAGUUGGUAGAGUGCCUGCCUGCCAUGCACACAGCUCUGGGCCCCAUGCCCAGCACCCUGAAACUGCUGAUGCCUGUAAUUCAAGUACUUGGGAAGUGGAGGCAGGAGAAUCGGCUAUCCUCAUCUACCUACUAAGUUUGAGGCCAUACUGGGCUACAUUGAGACCC